CUCGCACGUCAACGUAGGGUUCAAACCACUGACCGUUUAUUACGGGAUACUCAGAAUCUGGUUACUGCGGGUAUGAUACCCAUUUUAACAUUGGCUAAACUCUUAAAGCCACAUAUUGGCAAAGUUCAAGAAAUAAAAACACUCAUUGCAGAUUCAUUGACAAUGCUUGGUCAAGUCCAAUUUAAUAUGAGUGUUCGGCGAAGGUAUUUGUUGAGACCUUUCCUUAAACAAAAAUAUGCAAGUAUUUGCAAUAUCAAUACACCUAUUACAAAUUACUUGUUUGGUGAUGAUGUGAGUAAAGAACUGAAAAAUGUGAAACUAGCGUUAGAGUUGGGAAAUAUCCCAUGAUAAAACCCACUUCUCUUGGUCCUAUUAGGGGCCGACGGGGCACUGGAAGAUGGAGGGCUCGCCCAUAUGGUCGUGGAACAUAUGGCUCCAACAGACAGGCGGCAGUGACCGAGUAUGGGCAGUUCGGCCAUAGACAUGACUUCAAACAGAAGAAGUCUAGCACAGCUGCACCUCAAUCCCCAAACUAGCCAAGGUCUUCAAAAUAAAGGUUGCCUCGACACAAGGACCUACUUACCCUUCCUCACAACAACGAGUUGCAUCCAAUGAAAAAACAUCUGCAGUUGGUUGGAGCGAUUGUCUCCGGAGAGAAUUGCAGAAUUUUGGCAUUCCGCAAAUGGCUAUCGACUCAGUCUUUCAAAGCUGGCGGCCAGGAACAAGAAAACAGUACUCAUCCGCAUGGACACGAUGGCAUAUGUGGUGUAAUCUCCGGAUGUGCAAUUCCAUUAAACCGCUUGAAAGUGACAUAAUAUCGUAUUUGCUUUAUUUAAAACAGUUGAAAAAAUCGUAUAGUGUUAUAAGUUGUCAUAAGUCAGUGAUUUUAGAGACGGUCAAGAUUUUAAAUCCUAACAUUGUUUUGAAUUUUAAUAUACUAAAUAGAUUUAUGAAGGGUCUUAAUAGAGAGAUCCCUCCAAAACCUUGGUAUGUUUUCACUUGGGAUGUAGGAAAGGUAUUAAAUGUUAUUGCAAAAUGGAUGCCAUUACAAUCCCUUUCAUUGAAACUUGUAACAUUUAAACUUGUGUCUUUAGUAGCUCUGUGUACGGCAGCAAGAGCGCAGUCUCUGAAGGCUUUGAAUAUUAACCAUUUGUGUAUAAAGGAAGAUGUUGCAAUUUUUGAUUGUGGUGAUCAGUUGAAAACCACUAAACCAGGUCAAAAUUUUGUUAUAAAAUUAUGUUCAUACGAGGAACAGGAGUUAUGUCCAGUUUUGACAUUGAAGUAUUACUUGAAAUGUACACAGUCUUUGAGAAAAGAUUCUCAAUUGUUUGUUUCUUUUAAAAAUUAUAAAGCAGUCUCUUCAAGCACUUUGGCUCGUUGGUUAAAGAAUGUACUUUUGUUAGCAGGAAUAGACAUUGUUAAAUAUAAAGCUCAUUCUUAUCGGGGAGCUUCAUCAUCUGCAGCUUCUAGGGCUGGGUGUAAAAUGUCUGAAAUUCUCAAGACCGCUAAUUGGUCUUCAGCCAAAAAUUUCAAGGUUUUUUAUCUUAGAGAUGUGCAAAACGAUCAUAUUGAAAGUAACUACCAGAAUUGUGUAUUGAAUUCACGGUAAUAAGAUUUAAACAUAUUAAAUUCAAUAUGUUUAUAUAUUAUGAUUUGUUUUUUAAGCAGAAUUGUUUUUUGAUUUAUAUCUCUUUCUGCAUAAUAAUGCUCAACAUUUCAAUAUUGUUAUGUUCAGAUGAUGCUUGAGUAUAUGAAGCAAAGUAAUAUAGACUGUAUGUGGCAUUUGAAGUGAAUUAAAUGUACAUGGUUA